AUCCCGGUCAUAACAUUUUUGUGUCAAAAAACACGACUUCAAAAAACAAAACAUUUCUACUUCUAUAAGUUAAAGAAAAUAGUCGAAAAUUCAAGAACAAAUUUAAUUAUUACACAUUUUUAAGAAAGAGUUUUAAAUUAAUAAAAAAUGGCAUCAGCAGUACAUUGUCAAUUAUGGAUGGGAAGUCUUGAAACCUAUAUGACGGAAAAUUUCGUCAUUGCAGCCUUUCGGAAGAUGGGCGAAGACCCUACGACAGUUCGACUCAUGAGAAACAAAUACACCGGGGAACCGGCUGGUUACUGUUUUGUGAACUUUGCCACCGAUGAUUUGGCCAUGGAUGCAAUGCACAAACUAAAUGGCAAGCCAAUACCAGGAACAAAUCCUAUUGUUAGGUUCCGUCUAAACAGCGCUAGCAAUUCCUAUAAAAUGCCGGGAAAUGAUCGUGAGUUCAGCGUUUGGGUUGGUGAUCUCAGUUCGGAUGUAGAUGAUUAUUCAUUGUACAAAGUAUUUUCAUCCAAGUACACCUCUAUCAAAACGGCAAAAGUUAUUCUAGAUAGUUCUGGUUUCUCAAAGGGCUAUGGAUUUGUUCGCUUUGGCAUUGAAGAUGAACAGAAAUCCGCUCUCUAUGAAAUGAAUGGUUACAUUGGGCUCGGUUGUAAACCACUUAAAAUUUGCAAUGCUGUACCAAAACCCAAAUCAGACACACCAACCACUGAGUACACGCCUAGUGGUUACAGUACAACAACAUCGACAACAACUGCAGCCGCUGCUGCUCCUACAACAAACUACUCACAAUAUUACGACCCUUCGACCUACUGGCAAGGGUACAGUGCUUGGCAAGGCUACUACGACCAACAGACUGCCACUACAGAUGCCACUGCAUACUAUCAACAGGCAAUGCAACAGCAACAGCCUUCACAUGCCGAUCCACAAACUCUCGCUCAGCAUGCCGAGGCGUGGAGUGCACAACGAAACAUGAACUAUGAACAGCAACAGCAUGCCCAACAACAACAGCAGCAACAACAGGAACACGAUGAUGAUUUGGCUCUGGUAGACCAUAAAUUCAAUCUUGAUAUUGAUAAGAUGAAUCGUGAAUCCAUGGAUAACGACAGGAAUUUGUACGAUGCUUUGGAGAGCUCCAAGUGGCUGCCGAUUGAACAAUUGGAAGUUUUCUGAAAAUAGAAUUAUAAUUUUUAUUUUAAUUAAGUAAUAUGUAUGUUAGUUUACAUAAUAAAUCUUUUUUUGGUUUUAUUUUUUUUACAAAUACAAAUUUUAUUUGGAGCUUUCAUAUAAAAUGCAAAUGAUCGUGUCUCAUUAACUUA